CGAGAGUUUUGUAAGUAAAUCAAAUUGUAGAGAGAGAUUCAAAGGAAAGGAAAAAAAAAAAAAAGAGUGUUAUACAUUUUUUUCUGUGAUUUCUUCAAGGCGCUCACUGGUUGAUCUUCUUCUUCUUUUUCAUCCCCCCUCUGAUUCCCGCUUCUCUGUAUCCCUUUCUGUCAUCAUCUGUCUUUCAAAGAUUUGGUUUUUAGGUUUGUUUUUUUGGAUUUUGAAACAGGAAAAAAAAGCAAACUUGGACGAGUUUUUUCGGAAGCCGGGUGAUUCAGAAUAGAGAUUCAGUUUUCUUUUUUUGCAAAGCUUUUGUUAGGUUUUUAUCUUUUAAUUUUCUGUAAAAUUUGCUCGACUAAGAGGGUUGUUUUUCUGUCCCUCAAGUUGAUGGUUCUAGGUCUAGAAAUUCACUUGUAGAAAGAAAACUCUUUUUUUUUUUCCCGGAUUUUCUCUUUGUUUUUCUUUGAAACCAUUACCUGUUCUUUGAUUUUGGUAAGAAACAGGUGGGUUUUUGUUUUCACGGAUUCUGCGGUUUCUGGUUUUUUUGAGUCGCAGUUUUUUUUCUCUUUUUAGUUGCUUGAUUCAGAAGUCAUGGCUGCAGCUAUUGAUAUUUACACUAGUAGUUCUGCUUCUGUAUUGACAGAUCCUUUUAGAGAGGAGCUUAUGAAGGCACUGGAACCUUAUAUCAAAAGUGAUUCAUCAACCUCCUCUGUAACCCCUUCUUCCUCUUCAACAACCACACCAUCUCCUUCUUCUUCUUCAUCAUCACCGUCUUCUUCUUCUUAUUACCCCUUCUGCUCUUUCUCUUCUCAACCCCAGCUUUACCCUGAUUCUUGCUCGACAUCGACGACCCAAAUGUUUUCUCCAGGGAUCUCGAUCCAAGGCCAAUAUGGUCUCGAGCAAUCAGGUUCUUCCAUAGGGCUUAAUUACCUCAACCCUACGCAGGUUCAGCAGAUUCAAGCCCAGAUCCAGCUCCAACAACAACAGCAACACAUGGCUGCCAUGGCCGCAGCUUCCAUGCACAAUCAGAAGCUAAGGCAAUGGCGGCAGCAGCAGCAACAUCAACAACAUACCCUGAAUUUCCUCAGUCCGAAAGCAAUCCCGAUGAAGCUAGUGGGUUCACCACCAAAACCCACGAAGCUCUACAGAGGGGUGAGACAGCGGCAUUGGGGGAAAUGGGUUGCAGAGAUCCGACUACCGAAGAACCGUACUCGGCUUUGGCUUGGCACUUUCGACACCGCUGAGGAGGCGGCUUUGGCCUACGAUAAGGCCGCUUACAAGCUCAGAGGAGAGUUUGCAAGACUGAACUUCCCCAAUCUUCGGCAUCAAAUUAAUGUCGGAGGGGAGUUUGGUGAUUAUGAUCCCUUGCAUUCCUCAGUGGAUGCGAAGCUUCAGGCCAUUUGUCAGAGCCUGGCUAAUUUGCAGAAACAGGGGAAAGCAGGGAAGUCUGCAUCUUCUUCUGAUAAGAAAGCGAACGAUGGGCAAUCGCAGUCUCAAGCGAGUUCGACGGUGCCAACCGUGCCUCAGCCGAUUAUUGGUUUGGAUAAUUCAUCAGAGGGCAAAGUGGAUUUUCGGGGAGCAAAGGAUUGUAAGGUGGAGGACGCAUCAUCGCCAUCAUCAACAGAAAGCGAUGAGUCUGCAGGUUAUUCGCCUGAAUCUGUUAUCAAGUUCCCUGAUUUCAACGAGCCUCCAUGGGAUGAGUCGGAGAAGUUCUUAUUGGCGAAGUUCCCAUCGUUGGAGAUCGAUUGGGAAGCUAUCCUGUCUUGAAUUUUAUUGUAUUUGCAUCGUCCCUUCUUUUUAUUUGGGAUCUUGUUUCUUAGCUCAGUUAGGUGGGUUCUUUCUCAGUAGUAACCGUUUUCUGUUAAUGGUUUAUAAGUAUAAAAAUUGGUAAUCUCCGGUUGCUACUGCGAUGAAUUUUUGAGAUUUGCAGAGCUAUAGCUUGGAGAGUCUGUUAAGGUUAGAGUCAGUCAAGGUAGUAGAGGGUCUUAAUGAGGUCAUGUUAAUAUGUCUCAUUUCUCCAUCUGGUCUGCUAGUUUUUUCUUGCUUGACCAGGUUGUAGUUACUAUUAUGUAAUCGUCUAAUCUUUCCCUUUUGCUCUAAUUUGUAAUAUGUAUGUAAUUCUGAACUCUGUAAGGGUGUAAUUACUCGUCUUCUUGAGUAUAAGAUUGUUUCCUUUUGUGUGUUA